AUGACGCAGCUGCAGUUCAAAGACUCCUUCUGGUGCAAGGAAUUCACUGUUCACACGGGAUACGAUGCCCUCCUACAGCGAUUACUCGAUGGGAGGAAGAUGUGUAAGGACGUGGAAGACUUAAUCAAACAGAGGGCCCAGGCAGAGGAACGGUACGGGAAAGAGCUGGUUCAGAUCGCUCGGAAAGCGGGAGGCCAAACGGAAAUCAACACUCUGAAGGCGUCCUUUGAAAUUCUAAAGCAACAAAUCGAAAGUGUUGGAAACUCUCACAUCCAGCUGGCCACGAUGCUGAGGGACGAGCUGAAAGGCCUAGAAGAGUUCAGAGAGAGACAGAAGGAGCAACGGAAAAAGUAUGAGGGUACCAUGGAGAGAAUACACAAAAACAAGAUUUCGCUGUACAAGAAGACAACGGAGUCCAAGAAGACCUACGAGCAGAAGUGCAGAGAGGCGGACGAGGCCGAGCUCACCUUUGAACGGAUCAGCGCCGCGGGGAACCAGAAGCAGACGGAAAAGAGCCAGUCCAAAGCGAAGCAGUGCAAAGACGCGGCCAACGAAGCAGAAAGAGUGUACAAGCAAAACAUAGAACUGCUGGACGCGGCCAGGAUUUCGUGGGAGCAAGAGCACAUCAGCACGUGCGAGGCUUUCCAGCUCCAAGAAUGCGACCGGAUUACAAUCCUGCGGGAUUCCUUGUGGGUUCAUUGCAACCAGCUUUCUAUGCAGUGCGUGAAGGACGACGAGGUCUAUGAAGAGGUCCGACUGAGCCUGGAGAACUGCGACGUGGGGUCAGACAUGGAAUACUUCGUUCAGAGCAAGAUGACGGGAACGGAGCCGCCGGUUGCGAUCGGGUACGAGAACUAUUACGACCGAGUAGCUCCAACGAAAAACUGCAGCAGUCCAAUCCCGACCUGUGGCAUGAUGAAGAGAUUCUCCGGCUUGCUCCACGGAAACAACCGCAAUGCUGCGGACACCGAUCCUUCGGCAUCUCUGGUUACCUUUCUCGUUUCCGUAGACAAAGUGGACGGUGUCUACGCAGCGAUCCACGUGGACCAGGAAGGAGACGCCGCUCUGCCCCAGGAGUACAGAGUCCUCUAUGAUUACACAGCCCAGAACGAAGACGAACUGGAUAUCCGAGCAGGUGACGUAGUCACCGUCAUCGAAGUGGGAGAGGACGGCUGGUGGAUGGCGGAACAGAACGGGCAGCAAGGUUUUGUGCCAGGAUCCUACCUGGAGAAAGUUUGA